GAUUGAGUUACUAAAUAGGAUUAUCGUAUUGUAUUUUUUCCACAGAAAUUGGCCAAUGACCCGAAAGCUAGUAAAAAUGUUAAGAAAUCUAGAAAGUUAAUCUAUCAAAAAUCUUUCUCCAAGUUGAAGACGAUGCAGCAAGCUCUAAAACGAAUGAAAGAGAGUCAAAGUGAAGACCAUGGAUUAGAUGGAAACAGUUUGAAUUCAUAUGAAGAUGAAUUGGAUAGUAUCAAGCCACCAUCUUCACGAAGAUCAAGCUUCGAGGCUGCUACAGGACAACGUAGAGCAAGCAAUACAAAUUCAAUAGAUAAUUCAGUUAACCCAACACUUCUUUCCGACAAAACAGUCACAUCUGGUUCAACAUCGUCUAACGAAGAACUUGCAAGUCCCUUUUAUCCAAGAUUUAAUGAAACACCAGCAUUUGCAUCAUCUACCACGAUCAACGAAAUGUUUUACAAAAAAAGAUUAAAUGUACCAUCACAAAGUUCCAAUCCGGCAUCCCUUCUUCGCCUCGAUUCGAGUUCAUCUAUCUCUUCCACAUCAAGUCUUCGUCCACAGCCUCCGUCUUAUUCAGAAAGUCGUUUUAGUAGGAGAGAGUCUUCACUUGGACCCCAUGAUAGAAGGCGUGGCUCAGCACCGGGGCUAUAUCAGAACAAUGUUAAUCGUGCAGUCGUCGAAAGAUUUGGCGGGCUCAAAACUGAAAUAUUGAAUAAUAAUACAGGGCCGACAUAUGCUGGUUCAACUAAAGUUCGUUAUAUUGGUGGUGGGUCCCCCUCACAGAGUGAUAGUGACUACAAUAGUGACGAUGUUCAAGUUACGCACAGUCCACCAACAAUCAUUACCUCUGACAAAACCGCAGGUCAUUGGGUAAGCACAUCAUCGAGGAAUAGAUCAAGUAUUACGACGGCGCGUUAUAACUAUCCUAGUAAAUUGGGAAUAAUGAGUAACAGUGAAAGUACUGGGUCCUAUUUCGUCAACGAUAAUUUCAUUAAACCUCACACAGGACACGUGGCUAAAGCUCAUUUGUAUGCAUCGACAUCAGCUUUGAACCAACCGCAACUCAUGAUUUCAGGGUCUCUCCCCCGCUCGCAUCACUCCAGUUACGCUAUACAUAAUCCUGUCGUUCAAAAAAGACAACCUUUUAUAAAUAGAUUCCUGAGGAUGGACGCAAUGACUGGUCAGGAGAUGAAAGCCUUGUGUAACGCAACUUCAUAUAUUAUAUCCUCCUGUCUAUAUUAG